CCAACCCAAUAUAAUAUAAUUCCUAAUCAUAAGAAAAUAAUUCGCGAACGCAUUUAGAUGUUCCGGUGUUUCGAAACGCUAUUUAUUAGCCGCCAGUGAAAAAAGAAUAAGCAUACUGGUACGUCGCAGAACGAUCGUUAACCGGUAAUCGUACGAAGGAAUCGACGAAUCUCGAAUUUCAUCGACUGCGAAAUCGUUAAGGGACUCGAUCGGCCGUUGUUCGCGACGGAACUUUUCGGUAGCGUCGAGUCGUCCUGUCAGAGGAAUGCAUUAGCGUCGCAUGCGUCGCGCACGUCUCGUGCCCGCUGGUGCAUGCCGGCGCAUACAUUAUUAAAAAACGCGAAAGGGAGGAUGCACUCAAAAUGCAGUACGCGCGGGAACGUUGCACCGUGCAGCGUGCACCGGUGGCCUGACACAGCUCCGGGUCCGGUAAAUCCUGACGACGCGCGUCGCCUCGCGUCGCUUCGAGUUUCCCGGCCGUGUCCACGGCGAUCCGGCCCACCGUAUCCGAUAGAGAUUGUUGCGAUACCCUUCUACGUUUGGGGUGCAAAUAAUGCGUAUAAAUAUUUACGCCCCUGCGGGGCCGCGGCGAGCUCUGUCGAUAUUCCUUUGACGCUGUCUACGACGAGAAACAUCGACACGUUUCUUUAAAUCACGGAUUCACCACUCUCUCUCUCUCUCUUCCUCUCUCUCUCUCUCUCUGUCUCUCUUUCUCUCUCGCUCGUUCCACUCUUUUUCGCUUAAACUAGCAGAGGGUUCGAUACACGUGUGCCUCAAAUACUGACCGCGGUACGACCGUUGUCACUUUUCUCGGUUCCCGGCCAACCUUUUAAUAGGUUCUACUUGAGGCACGGACCGCAGAGCUUUUUUAAAAAACGACCCCACGUUAUGAAAAAUUCAAGGGAAAUUCUUCGGUGUUUCAGUUCGAAGAGAACUCUUCCAGGAGAUAAAAAUUUGCUCGCGUCCGGUAUCUUGUUUAUCGAUACGGAACAUUUUUCUCUUCGUCGUCGCGGCGACAAAUAUCAUCGUAAAUGUCAUAAAACGAGUAGCAUUGUAACGACGAUAUGAAAUAACUAUCGCCGCGGAAAUCGAUGACCCGUAGAUGGGGCAGCGGUUGGACAACGGGAUCACGGCGAAGUCGUCCGAAGAAUUCGCGGAAUCUUCUGCGAGGCGUGAAGGAGCCGGAGAGCCGAGCGGAGCCGAGCGGCCGCCGAGGGAACGGGGAACAAUCGAUGCAUCGGAAAUCGACGGGGCCCGCGUAGAUGGUAUCUGCUGGGUGGCUUCCGGGAGCCGCGGUUCCCCAUCGCGAUCGAAGCCGGUCCGGAUCCUGUGCGCGAUGAGAACCGAGCUGGAUGCCGCCGCUGGAACGUUCAAUUAUCCCGGGCCGAAGUAGACCAUGCUCUUGGUCGCCGAGCGUUUAUUCGGAAGCCGACGGGACCGACUGAAUCGUUGAAUCGUUGAAUCCUUGAGUCGCUCGAAUCAUUGAAUCGACCGGACGAAGCCGCGCGGUCACGGGGAUCGCGCAGCGGAAUUGUUGCUAGAGGAGACGACGAUGCCGCCGAGGACGAUUGAUCUAGGUGCUCGCGCGUGUUAGUGACUCGCCAGUGUGAUCCAAGUGGGAUUAAGUGCAUCGCGAUGACACUGCGCCGCCUUCCAGCCGACCCUGCCCGCCGCACCACCGCUUCCGCCGGGAGAGGCAUGGAGCCGCGCAAGAAGCGUUCGCCGUGGCCCGCAGAAGUGCACGGGCCGUGUUCGAGGGUCACGGAGGACUUGGGUAACGAAUGCGGAAGUACGAUGACGCCGGAACGAUGGAGGAGACGGUCCCGCGUCGCGACGCAACACGCCCUCCGGCUGAUCCUGCAGAUUCUACUGAUACAGAAUUUCGCCGGCGCUCAGAUAGCCGAGUGCCCGCCUCCAGAGACCAUUCCCGGCUGUCCUUGUUACAAUUUCGAGGACGGUCUUUUCCUAGAAUGCGCUGGCGCCACGGAAGAGACCCUGAGGACCACGCUGCAGCGAGUUAUAAGCGCGGGCGGAGCGGGCACGAUGGUGCAGUCGUUGAACGUUUACGAGCUGGACAAGUCCGUGGAGGUAUUGAAGGAGGGCUGUUUCCCGCCGGACUCGCAGAUCAGACACCUGCAGAUCUCGCACUCGUCGUUGCGGGAGAUCAGCGAGAACGCGUUCCGCAACUUGAACGAAAGCUUGGAGUCGUUGGCCCUGGUGUCGAGCCGUUUGCCGCACGUGCCGCAGAUCUCGUUGGCGAAUCUGCCGAUGCUGGCCGGCCUGGACCUGGAAGCGAACCUGAUCCAGGAGCUGAGCUCGUACUGCUUCUACGGAUUGAAGCUGCUCAAGCUGACGUUGAAGGGCAACCAGAUAUCGAAGAUCUCCGAGUACUCGUUCGCCGGCCUGGAGAACACGUUGAGCGACUUGAACCUGGCCGAGAACAAGCUGAACAUGUUCCCAAUGACGCCUCUACGCAGGCUAGAGAGCCUGGGGAUUCUGACGCUGGCUUGGAACGAGAUCUCCGAGCUGCCGGACGACAGGUACAGUCAGCUGAGGUCGCUGAUCAUGCUCGACCUGAGCAGCAACAACUUCGAGAAGCUGCCCGAGGACUGCUUCAGGCCGUUCCCUAUUCUACAGACUCUGUUCCUCUAUUACAACUCGAUCGAGACGAUCCACAAGGACGCGUUCGUCUCGUUGAAGGACCUCGAGUACAUCGACCUCAGCCGGAACAAGAUCGUGUUCCUCGACGUGGCGACCUUCAGGGAGAACAAACGGCUGAGCAACGUCGAGCUCAGCCACAAUCAUAUUCACAACAUCGGCGGGGUGUUCGCGAGGCUGCCCAAGCUCCGCGAGCUCUACCUGGCGGAGAACAACAUCCUGGAGAUCCCGGGCGAAGCGUUCAUCGGCAGCGUCAGCCUGGCAGUGGUCUAUCUGCAGCAGAACGCCAUCCGGAGGAUCGACGGCAAGGGCCUGGCGACGUUGACGCAGCUGGCCCAGCUGCAUCUCAGCAACAACUACAUCGAGAACGUGCCCAGGGAGUUCCUCGAGCACUGCAGGAACCUGUCCUCCCUGUCCCUCGACGGCAACAAGAUCCGCGAGCUGCAACCUGGCACCUUCUUCAAGCUGCACCAGCUGAGAGAGCUCAGGUUGCAGGACAACCGCAUCACCGAGGUGAAACGCGGCGUGUUCUCGCCGUUGCCGGCCCUGCUGGAGCUUCAUUUACAGAACAACGCUAUCACGAACAUGGAGACAGGCGCACUCAAGACCCUGAGCAGCCUCCAACACGUGAAUCUGCAGGGGAACCAGCUGACGGAGCUGGGCGACGUCUUCCAGCUGUCCGCCUCGGAGUCGUCUGCCGGUGGAAGCUCUUUGGUGUCCAUCCAGCUGGACAGCAACGGCCUAGCCGUGCUGCACAACGAUUCUCUGAGGGGCCAGGCUUCCGUCAGGAUCAUGUGGCUAGGCCACAACAGGCUCACCUAUCUCCAGGCACCUUUGUUCCGGGACCUGCUUCUCGUAGAGCGACUCUACCUGACCAACAACACCAUCUCCAGGAUAGAGGACGGCGCCUUCCAGCCGAUGCAGGCGCUCAAGUUCCUCGAGCUCAGCAUGAACAAGCUCAGCCACAUCACGGCCAGGACCUUCUCCGAGCUGCACGAGCUCGAGGAGCUCUAUCUCCAAGACAACGGAUUGAAGAGGCUGGAUCCGUAUGCUCUGACCGCUCUGAAGAAGCUGAAGGUGCUCGACCUGGCCAACAACCAGCUGACCGUCCUCCAGAACGCCAUCUUCCAGGAGGGGCUGCCCAUCAAGACGCUGAACCUGAAGAACUGCUCCAUCGCCAGCAUCGAGAGCGGCGCUUUCCGCGGCCUCACCAAUCUGACCGAGCUCAAUUUGAACGACAACCUGCUCACAGCUUCUGCUCUCUUGAAUCUUCAUGUUCCCGAGCUGCGCAAGCUGGCGGCGUCCGGCAACAACUUCAGCGAGAUCUCGGAGCGCAGCCUGAACGGGCUGCCGUCGCUGCAGGAGCUUCUGUUGGACGACGCUCAAAUUUCCCAGCUGCCCGAAGACAUCUUCGUACUGAACCGCAACCUGGCCAAGCUGAAUCUCAGCAGGAACGAGAUCAGGAGCCUUCCGCCGGGCAUCUUCGACAGGUUGAAGUCGCUGAAGGAGAUCCGGAUGGACCACAACAGGUUCCAGAAUAUCUCUUACUCGGCGCUGGCGAACGCUCUCAACUUGGAGAUCCUCAUGCUGUCGAACAACGAGAUCGCGAACGUCGACGUGGCCAGUUUCGCCAGCCUGAAGUACCUGAAGGAGCUGGACCUCAGCCACAACCGCAUCGAGAAGCUGUCCGGCUUCGCCUCGGCCAACCUGUCCCGUCUGGUCUCCGUCGACCUCAGUCACAACAACUUGAACGCCCUGCCGGCUAAUUUCUUCGUUCACUCGUCCAUGCUGCGCAAGGUCGACCUGUCCGAGAACAAGUUCAGGAAGAUCCCGGCCGUCGGCUUGUCCGGCAAGAAUCUACCCAGCCUGACCUGGCUGUUCCUGACCAAGAACCCGCUAGAAACGAUCCGCGAUCUCUCAUCCGACGACAUGUACCCGAUCUUGCAAGAGGUUCAUAUUUCCGGAACGAACUUGACCAUCGUCACGUCGCAGGACUUCGAGGCUUUCCCGGCUCUGCUGCACCUCUAUCUGGACCAGAACAGCAUCCUCAGGAUCUCGCCGGGUGCCUUCAAACGUCUGCCGAAUCUGCUCACUCUGCAUCUCGGCAUGAACAGCUUGGAGAACAGCUUGCCGAAGGAGAGGCUCCAAGGUAUGGAGCAUCUGAGGAUCCUCAACCUGACGCACAAUCGGCUGAAGGAACUCGAAGAGUUCCCCAAAGACCUCAAGUCCCUGCAGAUACUGGACCUCUCGUUCAAUCAGAUCGGGAUCGUCGACAGGGUCACGUUCAACAAUCUGGUCAGCUUAGUGGAGCUGCAUCUUUACGGGAAUUUUAUCAAGGCGAUCUUCAGCGACGCCUUCAAGUCUCUGAAGAAGCUGCGAGUCCUGGAUCUCAGCAGGAACUAUCUGGAGAACCUACCGCUGAAUGUCUUUCGACCCCUGGAGACGCAGAUACGGAGCUUGCGCGCUGAGGAGAAUCCGUUGCACUGCGACUGCGAGUCGCAAGAACUCUGGGAAUGGUUGAGAGAUCAUCAGAAGCUGGUUAGCGGAGUGGGCGGCGGCCGUGGUCGGCGAAGAAACGGCGUCGGUGUCGAGAACGUCGAGGGCGGCCUGCUGAGAUGCGAGCAACCGCAGGAGCUUCGGGGCCAGGUUUUCGUCGAUCUCGAUCCGCACGCUUUCUGCUCGACCCCGCUGGUGCUGAAGCUCGCGAUCCAAGACAUCCAGCCGUUCUCCGUCCUGGUCUCCUGGCAGAGCAGAAACCACUCCGGGCUGUACGGUUACCAAGUGGCCUAUCACUCCCUGGACAAUGUCGACCAGGUUCGAUGGACGAAGCUGGAUCCGAAGGCCCGGUCGGUGAAGCUGACGAAGCUUGCGUCGGACACGAGGUAUCUGAUUUGCGUGCUGGGCCUGGGCAGCUGGAGCACGCCGAUCCCGGAGGACAUCGGUUCCUGGCAGUGGAACGCGUCCCACGACGACAUGACCGAGGGCUCGGCGCUGCCAGUGAUGAUCAACUCGAGGACCGGCCUCUGCACGGAGGUCCAAACGCUGGACGCUCCCGACUCGAUCGUCGGCGACGGGACGCUGAGCGACAGGGGCGGCCUGGCGACCAUCCUGACGAGGAGGCUGGGCCUGAUAGUGGGCAGCUGCAUGGGCUUCGUGGUGUUCGUGGUGCUGAUCUCUGUCCUGGGCUACAUGAAGAUGAAGAAGCAACGGUCCACGGAGAAGAGGGACCAGCCCCUGUCCUCGAACCCGCAGGCGUACAUGUCCUACAGGCAUUUCUCGCUGCAGAGCGGCGACAGGGCGGACAACGCCUGUCCCAGCUUCAUCAGCAACAUCGGCACCACGCCCCUGAACUCGUAGCACAGGCCGAAGGAGUUCCGCAAAGAGACUGAUCGCUGCGGCAUCGAGAUGAACAGCGUGCCGAAUUGCGAGGGGAUCUUCGGAUAGAGGACGACCAGGGUGCCAUGCGUUAUCGGCCGGCCCCGUCCGCCCCCCUGCGACAGGUCCGGCCCGCGCCCGGCCCGUUACGACGGACUGUUUUCGUUUGUUGAUGUAGCUGGGCCGUUCCGAGGCUGGCUGGCUGUCCGAGCGUCCGAUCGAGACAAGUGCCAAAAUUGAUGAGCCGCUGCGAAUCGAGCACCGGUUUCCAUUUCGAUGAUCGAAAAUAGAACGGAAACGGAGAUCCAGCGGUGUUAUUGGCUCGCCGUUGGCAGAUACGGGACGAGCGAUUCGUCGACUGGACACUCGAGACAUUCGAUGAACGAUCGCCCGACCGUUUAAGUAGACUUUUACCGAUACGAUCCUCCGACCAGCCACGAGAACCGAACAACGACGCGAGCGACCCCAUUUUUCGAACAUUCGAAUCUCUCCUACGAAGACUGAUUUUUUAACGACCGUUCCUCCCG